AUGCCUAAUAACAUGCAAGAUUCCGCAAUGAUGAUAUGUUAUCGUGAAUGCUUAUCAAAUUUACAAAAAUUCAACGGCAAUGAAGAAUAUAGGAUUUCACAGUUUAUCAACAACAUUGAAAGAAUUGGGAAAUUAAUCGAUGGAAAUAAUGAUAUCUUAUAUUGUAUGUGUACGGCAAAAUUAGAUGAUGAAGCAAAACGCUCCUAUGAAGAUAACAUAUCCUUAAUCAAAUGGGAGAAUUUAAAGUCAGCAUUAAUGGAAAGAUUUACAACAUCUAAUUCAUCAUCAAAAAUAUUCGAACAAUUGAAAGAACGUAAACAAAAAACGGAUGAAACCAUCACAUCUUACUAUGAUGCUAUUAUUAAAUUAUGUCAUGAAUAUGAUCCAUCUAUGUCACAAAAAAAUGCUAAUAUCAUGGUUAGAAAAUGGAAUUAA